UGGGACUUGGAGGACCGGAUCUUUUUUCUGUCACUGUGGACUUUCUGUGGAGCCCUAAAGGUCAAAGUUCAGACCAUGUCAGCGUGUUGGAGGACGGUUCCUUUACUGCGUCUUCACAUUGGAUUUUUAACAACCCAGGCAAACAUGACAUCUACGUCCGUGUCUCCAACCCCCUCUCCACGCUCUCCUCCUCCCUCCACUUGUCCGUCUCUCAGUCCUCUCCAUUCAGCUUAAUGAUGUUUUUGCUUCACGACCCCCCGGGUUUCCCCUCCUGCAUCCCCUCAACCUCUAAAAGUGGGAUUAUGAAGGCAGCAUAUCAGGGAAACACUGACACACUGCAGGAGAAUGUGAAGGACAGUUCUACUAAGUUCUGCUGGUGCUUCACUCACAAAGAAAAACAGGAAAACAUUCCUUGCAAAUCAGACUGUCUGAACAGCUCUGUGGUGCUUGCAUGUCUCGUCGUCUCUGACCUGAGAGAAUCUGGGAAUCAGCUGACUGUUUCUGAGGAUGUGGAGCUGCUCAACACCACGAAACACCUGCUGGUCCUCAACCUCACAAAGGACGACCACAAUUGUGAGAAUUAUAGAAACCUCAGCAGCAAAGAAAAGGACUGUAACCAUGGCAACAUCACAUAUGACCCUAAUGUCAGUCAGCAUCUCGUCUGUUGCCAUGUUGGCACCCUCCACCUCCUCCACACCUCCAAUCUCUCCAGCUGCCAUCUGCACCUCCAUCUUCACGUCCUAGUUGAAGGUCCAGUUGGAGAGUUGGUGUUAAAUAUUCCCACAAGAAAUCAGAAUCACUUGGUUUUAUUCAGCGUCACGGCGGCUUCAAACAUGACUGUUUGUCUGCUGGCGAAUGCAGCGCCGCUGUACAGAAACUGCAGCUACGCUACAGCAGCGGAGGUGGUUUUGCUUUUUAACCACACUGGGACAGUUGUGAUUGAGCUUCAAACCGAGAACCGAGUGCCUUCUCAGAACAGAAGUGUGAGAGUGUGUGUCGAGGGGAACAGGAAGGCGUCACCGCAAGACAGAGUCAACUCAACGUGCCAACCAACACCCAGUCCAAGUCCUGUUCAGAGCAGAGAUGGCAAAGCUGUGAGAAUUUUAGCAGCAAAGCAGGCGUAUCCCACAAACACCGAUGUAACCUUCCUGGCUGUGGCUGAUGUACCAGAUCCUGUGGACUUCCUCUGGCUCUUUGGAGACUUCAGAUCAGCCAGAACCACCUCAAGAACCGUCACUAAAAGAUACCAACAACCUGGCAGUUAUGAUGUAGUCGUAGUUGCCUCUCAUGGUCAGACGUCCGUCACCUCUGAUGCUUUCCCGCUGGUCGUCCAGAGAGCAGUGAAGCUCAACAGGCUGGUCCACCAGGCCUCGGUCCCGCAGAACCAGACGGUGUCGGUGAGCUGCCGAGUGAAUGUGGGGACAAACCUGACCUUCCUGUGGAAUUUCGGAGACGGAACGACCAGACCUGGACAGAACACAGAGCAACACGUCUUCCACAAAUUAGGAGAGUUCAGACUAGAAGUAACUGUGUCUAACAUGGUCAGUUCUGCUUCUCUGAGCAGCUACAUCUUUGUCGUUGAUCGGCCUUGUCGGCCUCCACCGGUCAAAAACAUGGGGCCCCCAAAACUACAGGUGCGAAGAUACGAAGUCAUCCGUCUGGGUGUGACGUAUGAGACGAAGGUAGACUGUGACGUAUCAGAAGGUCUUAACUACACCUGGACUUUAUUCGACUCUGCAGGACGAACCUUCUCUUUACCUCUAACAGACACACACAGACAGAGUCUCACACUGCAGAGAAACCUCCUGCCGUAUGACACUUAUACUGCUGUAGCCAGGGUUCAGGUUAUCGGCACUGUGGUGUACAGUAACUACAGUGUGAGAGUUCAGGUGAUGCCGAGUCCUCCUGUGGUUUUCAUCCAGGGCGGCACCAACGUCUUCAUCAACAGGAGCUCUGGAACAAUAAUUCUGGAUGGACAGGCGUCUUAUGACCCUGACUUCCCCGUGAACCCACUCAGCUACAGUUGGACGUGUAAGCCAGUCAGCUCCAUCGCCAGCUCCUGUUUCGACCAACACGUUCACACUUCAUCCCCAGUGCUCCAAUUCCCUGCCGGUUUCUUGAAACACAACUUCGACCAGUUCCAGUUCACACUCACCGUCCACAGCGGAGAGCGUUCGGCUUCAUCAGAGACCUUCGUCACCAUAACACCAAACCUGAGCAGGAGGAUGUCUGUAUCUUGUCCUGAGUGUCAGGGAGACCAUGUGAGCUGGGAUCAGACUUUUUCUGUUACUGCCAUGUGUGAAGACUGUGACAUCCCUGCUGAACUCAUCCAGUACAGCUGGAGUCUGUAUGUGGUCAACGCUUCAUCUAAGCCUGUCACUGAGGUCCCGUUUUGUUCUACAGUGGAUCUCACUGCUUUCUCGUCCAUCAUGGAGAAUGCUGCCACAUCCCCUCAAACACCUGAGAUCUCUACCCCACACCCACCUGCAGCAAGUUCACACUCUGGUUUGUCAGAGUCGGAGCCCUCCAGUAGUCAACCUGUCCUCACAUAUUCAGAUCACACUGACCAGGAGGACAUCAUCAGUGAAUCUCCAGUUGACCCUGACUCCUCUACUUACUGGGAUGUUGCUUUUCCCGUGCUGGAAAGUGGCGGUGAGGGCGUUCGUCAAGAUCCAGAUUAUGAUGUUCCGUUCCCCAGUGCAGAGGAAGGAGAUCCUGGGAUGUCAGCAGGAAGACCCACAGGUGUAGAUGGUGAGAGCUUCAGUCCAGGAGACGACUCAGUGUUUGAUCCAGCGACACGACACCAAGAUGAGGGCAGCAAUCUGGUGGAUCCUAAACCAUCUCUGGUGAUUCAGGAGCCGAGUUUGCUCGACUUACCUCGACACCCAGUGGACAGAGGCCUCUUCCAGUCCUACACUUACACCGGAAGCUCCUCCCCUUCGCUCAUUUUCAGACCCUUCAGUCUGAAGCCGGGGAGCAGGUACAUGUUGGAGGUCGCUGCCAAACAUCAGAACAGCAUUCUGGGUCGGACUCAGCUGUUCCUACAAACCAAACCUGUUCCAAAGGGCAUGACGUGUCAGGUGCAGCCAGCUAAAGGAACAGAAUUACACACACACUUCAGCAUCUUCUGCACAUCAGGGAGGGAGGAUUUACUGUAUGAGUACAGCUACAGAGCAGGAGGCCGACGCCGCAGGAUGCUGUACCAGGGGAGAGACUUCCAGCUCUACUUCAGCCUUCCAUCAGGUGACCCCAGUGAUGACUAUAAAGUAACAAUUUAUACUGAGAUCAGAAGCGGCACAUCCGGGUCCGCCACCAAACCCUGUCCUGUCACAGUCCAAGUCCAACCGAGCUUCCUCAGACACACAUCAUCUUCCUCUUCAGGUCAUGAUCCUGAUUUGGAGCUUUCAGAGUCAGGUUUGAGGAACCUGUCGGCUCUGAUGCAGCUUGGAAACAGCGCAGAGAUCUGUAGCUACGUCAGCCUCCUCUCCACCAUCCUGAACAGACUCAGCCUGGACGCUGAGGCCAACACACAAGUACAGAGACACAUGCGCAACGUGCUAAUUGGCACAGUUUGUGAGCUUGAACAGGUUUCGGUAACAGACAGCAUCUGCAUCCUCGAAGACCUUCUUCAAGUUACUGAUCAGGUGGCAUUAAUGAGUGCCAGACGAGUAACAGCUCAUGUUCGGGGUGUCUCAGAGCAGUUUUCUGAGUCCAGUCCUCCACAUUAUACCAACCAGAAGAUGCUCAGCUCUCUCAUCAGCCUGCUUUCAUACAGUCUUCAGGCGGUCAUUAACUGCAGCUUCACACCUGAAACACCCAACUGUGCUGACAUGCAAACACUGGAAUCACAUACUGGUAGAAAAGAUCCUCCUAAUGCCUGCUUACGCGACUCUUCCGCUGGUCCUCAAACUAGACAACGAAGAUCAACUCCAACAGAGCAAGUGAUGCAACUUGUGACUGAUAUUCUGCAGACUGCUUCAGACCUGAUGCUGAAGUCCAUUCUAUUCCAUGAGACCAAGGAGCUCAGUGUGAGCUCUGGUCUCAUCACUUUGUAUGCUGCAUCCCAAAACCAAACCUCCGCAGUCAUCAGCAGCGGCUCAACCACUUUCCACAUGCCUGAGUCUCUGAUCCAGAUUCUGUUUAAUCAUCACGGUAGAGUCACUGAUCGGUUUCAGCGUCAGCCAUGUGUCCUGAUAGUGCUGACUGAGCUUUCCCACAGCCCUUUCACCUGGGCCAGCUCUCCUGCACAGUUGAGUGGACCAGUGGUUGACCUGAGUCUGUACAAGUGCAGCACGAAGAGGAAGAUCCCCGUUCGCUCCCUCAUUCAGCCGAUCGUCACUGAGCUGCAUCAUCUACAAAGAAAUAGGAGCUCUGUCAGUGAGUGCAUCCUCCUGCACAGCCAGGUCAACUACCACAGCUUCAACAUUACCCAGGAGCACUUGCAGCAGGCCAUCCAGCUUACUGUGGCGUUCACACCACCGUCCACCAAGGCCUUUCCCAUCAUGCUACUCUUCAGGAUGUUCGAGAGGCCAACUCCCAGCAUGCAUCACCUGCAGAGGGUUCACCGCUGGGAGAGCAACACAACACGUAUCACUCUGCCACCAUCAUACCUCAGUGCCGCAGGGGUCGGUCACUUGGCUCUGCUCAACGCCGAUUUUGGGAAAGCACCCAGAAGCAAGCACCUGAGUGAACAGUUAAGCUACAGUCUCAUGGUGGACAGCAGCCUGUGUUUGUCCUGGGACAGCCAGCAGGGGGCCUGGACAAGCCACGGCUGCAGGACAGAGCAAGCGGACACAAGCCCUGCAGUCAAGUGCAGCUGCCGCCAGUUGAAGCCGCUGACUGUGAUGCAGCAGCAGAUCCAGAGCAACCAUGAAACAGCUGAUCUGGACCCAUUCCUGAGCCUCAGUGCUUCCGGUGAUCUGACAGUGCUGGCUGUGCUGAUGUUGUGUUUGUGCCUGUACAUCCCGGGGUUGGUGGCGUGUCAGAGAGCUGAUGUCGUUUCAGAGGACAACCGAAGAAUCCACCACCUUUCUGACAAUCCUCCAUCGGAUCCUCAUCUCUACGCCGUCACCGUCCACACUGGUCUCUGGUCUGCAGCCCGAAUGAGUGCAAAGGUUUACAUAGUGCUUUAUGGUGAAGAUGGGACCUCACAGACGAGAGAACUACAAGUCCCAGAAUGCACUCUGUUCAGGAGGAACUCUCAGGACACCUUCAUACUGAGCUCAGCAGAAGGCCUGGGCCCUCUGUGGGGGGUUCACAUCUGGCAUGACAACUCUGGAGCCUCCCCAGAGUGGUACCUCAAACAAGUGGAGGUGUCUGAGGUGAGCAGAGGGUGUGUGAGGAGAUGGCUGUUUGUCGGUCAGUGCUGGUUGGCUGUGAAUAAAGGCGAUGGCCGAGUGGAGAGGGAGCUGCGUGUUUGCACCGAAGGAAUAGGCUUUGUGAAGAUGUUGCAUCUCAAGCUCUCUGAAUACAUGGCUGAUUUCCACAUCUGGAUGUCUGUGUACAGCUGCUCUUGCCCCAACUCUUUCACACACACCCAAAGACUUACCGUGUGUCUGCUGCUGCUGCUGGGUUACGCAUGUGUCAAUGCAGUCAUCAUAUCACAAAUGGAUGAUCAGUUGCUGUUUAUUGACAUGUCAGCUGUUUCUGUAACAACGGGACUUUUAAGUGCAGUUGCCGUGUUGCCCGGAGCAACAGUGGUAUCUCUGCUGUUUCGAAGGCGUGAGGUCAAGCUGAAAGGGUCAGGGGUGCAACAGGCAAAGAGCAAAAUGACUGAAAAGGACUGUUUUGAAGUGAAUGAAUUUGAGUCCCAUCUCUCCUGGAGCAGCUGUCAGCAGUGGGACAGCUACAGGAAGAAAUACCAGGAUGCAGACCUGGAGUCACUAUUCACUACCUGUCCAGAAAAUAAGGACACAGAUAAAGAACCAGAUGUGGGAAAAGAAUUUGAGCUUUUAACUGAAGGCAGCAGGUUUAACAGAACCCAAAAAGCUUGUCUGAAUGGUACAAGACAGGAAGAUGAAGAGGAGGUUCAACAGGAGAAAGACACUCGUGAAAGAUGUUCAUCAGACUGGAGCUUUGAGGAAGGAAGUCAUAUCCAAACAGCAAGGCCUGGUCAACAGAGAGAAAAACGAUCCAGACCGACAUCCCAGUGGUGUCACUGUUUGGCCUGGACGCUGUGUCUGCUGUUGUCUCUCUCCUGUUUGGUGCUUUCUGCAGUGCUGGGAAUGAGAUUCAGCAGCAGCAAGGCUCUGCUUUGGAUUCAUUCUUUUUUCUUCUCUCUGACGUCUUGCAUCUUCCUCGUCCAGCCAGCUGUGAUACUUACCGCAGCCGUGACUGUCUCCUGCUGGUACAGAAAACGAUCCGACUUUUAUAGUUUUUCUAGUCUUGAGGCUUUAAAAAUGUCGAGACACACUUAUCAACCAGAAGAGCAAAUCACAUCAUCUACUUUCCCCCAGAGAAGACGCUCAUACCUUGAGAAGCUGCUCGGAGCUCGUCAGCGAGCUCGGUUCCUGCGUGUCGUGCGCCCACCUACUCCGGCUGAGUUGAGAAAAAAUCGUAGGAAGAAAAGAAGAGAUGCUCUCAUGCAUAAAACACUGAGGGAUUUGUCUCUCUGCGUCUUCAUGCUUCUCCUGAUGAUGUGUAUUACCUACAGCAGCUCAUUCAGUGACCAUUACCACCUCAACAGAGCUGUUAGAAGACAUUUUAUGGGAAAUCAUGGUAAUGCUUUUAUGUCUGUACAAAUGCAUGAGGACUGGUGGAAGUGGACACAGACAAGUCUGCUUGAUUUACUGUACAAGAGUGCAUCAUCCAAAACAGAGUCAUAUAUUGUGAUUGGAGAUCCAAUCCUGCAGAAAAUGGAGGUGUCCGACACAUUUCAGAUCCAGAUUUCCAUGGUAACGCUGCCAAGGCUAUGUGGUCCCCUGGGCUGCUACUCAGGACUGAAUGCCACGGUUGGCUCAGGCCACACAAAAUCUGACGCUGCAUCAAAACUGGAGCUUCUGCGUUCAGGUGGCUGGCCGGGUGGACAGACGAUGGCCCUGAAGGUUCAGUUCACCUUGUACAGCCCUGCAACAAACUUGUUCACCAGUGUGGCGCUGCUCACUGAGCAGAGCCCCACCAGAGUCCUGCUGCCUUCUGUCAAAGUCCAGUCAGUCAGAGUGUAUCACACUGCUGCUCUCUGGGACUAUGUUAUUACGGUCUGCCAGCUUUUCUUCUUCGUCAUGUCUCUUCUACAACUCUGUCUUCAAGUGUCUAAUAUAUCACAGCAGGGGCUGAUGGGAUACUUGAGGAAACUUUGCAACUUGGUGGAAGUCAGUCUGCUGAUGGCGACUAUAGUGUAUUAUGUCUGUCACAUCUAUCACUCCGUUGUUGUCAUGGAAGUUGUGGAGCUGCUGCAAAGACGCAGCUACAGAGGACAUGUUGAUGUUGGCCUCCUGGCUACCUGGGAACAAUGUAUUCGUACUCUGCGGGGCAUUAUGGUCUUCCUCCUCACUGUGAAGUGUGCGACUGUGCUGAGGCUGAACAGGACCUUGACUGUCUCUGCUGCACUAUUUUCCCACUCACUCUCCAGCCUCUUAUGGCCAGCGAUUUCAGGUCUGAUCCUGCUGGUGGCGCUGUCCUGUGUGGGGCAUCUGCUCGACCCACAGAACUCCUGGUCCUUCGGCUCUGUUCUCAGCACCGUUUGGACUCUGCUCUGUCGGCAUCGAGGCCUUGGAGUCGACAGGCACCUGUUAUUCUCUGGGCGUGAUCUCUUUUACUACGGAGUUUUAUGUCUGACCUCCACUUUGGUGUGGGCAGCAAUGGUGAUCGCUGUGGUGUCUUCACUGGCCAGAGCUAUCAAAAGAUGUCAGAACAGGAGGAAUGUCUUCACCAUGGCAGAACUGGCCAGCUACAUUAGACAGAGAGUGUCUGAGUUCACUGGGAGGCAAAGACGGGCAUCAACCAGUAACCAUGAGGAGGGGAGGAUGUAUUACCUUGAGGAGUUUGAAAGCUCAGUGGAUGAGCUGCUGUUUAGACUCAACGCUCUCUCCAGCAGCCUGCACCACACUUUACCCCCUAAAGCCCAUCGCUACAGAGAGGAGGACAGUCCGGUCAGUUCAUCCAUAUCUGAGCCACAGCGCGCUGUAUUGUCACAGAUGAUGGUGAAAGAUGCUGCUGGUAUUGGUGACCACAGUGUGUCCAAUCUUGGAGAAACCCCAACUUCACCACACCUGGUCAGCUCUCAGGUUAAACUAAACAUCCUGCAGGUCCUUCAGCAGAGAAGCAAAAUGAGACACAACCCCUCCUCGGAUUAUAAAUUAAAGGGUGAUUGCUGUCUGUCUUGUCCAGAGCCACCAUCACUUAAAGGACUUUGGAAAGGAGAUGUUCUUGAGAAGCAAGCUGACCAACAGAGUAAAACAAAUGACUGGUUAAGGGAAACUCAGCCCGCCCAUAGAGAGGUGGUGGUGGAGGUUCUAGUUCAUGAUGAUCCUGGGAAAGUAGAGCCAGAUAUCCACUAGAGCUCUAGCCAGGAGAUUUUCUGUGCUGUAAAAAUUUAUAGAAUAUCACGAUAUUGUUUGGAGCCAAUGUCUUGUUUUCUGUUUUGUUUGAUAGGUUAUGUGUAAAAAUCAUUAAAUCCCUCUCUGGUCUUUCAUUAAACCCAGAAAAACUAAA